GCUUUAGUCAAAGUGCGGCUACGGCAGAGAAACGAUCCGGGACGCUUUUCUUUCCUACUUUUUAAAAAAAAAGUCUUUUUAAAACCCGGAACUGGUAAUGAAAACUGCAUACACUGUUUACACAUCACAGUAGGCUGUUACACUGUAGUCUCGAGGUGUACAAAGUGAAUAUAUCCGUAUUUAUAACCGUCUGUACAGCGUUUAGCGCGAAGCUAGCUAGACGGUGCUUUUGUUAGGCCUGUGUUAGCGUGAGUUAAAUUACAUGUACGUUACGAAACUAUUAAGUUAUAAUGUUAUGUUUCGAUAAAGUGAAAGUAUUUUAUUUCUACUGAUAAAAUUAACCAAGUGUGACCAUUAAAUUUAACGUAACAGCGGUGUUUUAUUUCUGCCCGGUGUUAUGUCGAAUAUUGCUACCCUUCGAAAUGUGCUACCACGCGGCUCUUACACAAUAAGAGUACCGAAACUUGCUCCAUAUACUCUAAAAAAUGCAUAUUGAGUGAAUAGUAAACCAAAUUAUUGUAUUUUGUGGUGGUAAUAUUAUGUGAUAUGAGAUACGUCUGCUAUCUUUUUGCGCGAUGGUAACAUUUUCGUCAAGGUAGCACAUCUCGACAUAACACCUGUAUCUCCACAGCUGUUUUUAGGGCCACUUUUUUGUUUUCAAUAUGUAAGUAUGUGAUUGAUUUAUCGACUGUUUUGGUUUAGAUGCUUGUUCCAGAGCUGAAUCAUACAUUGAAGGUGACCUUUACGUUUUGUUCUUUAACAAAAAAACAAAAACAUUUCCUAUGAUGGACAAUCUUAAGAUUUUAACAUAAACUCGUUAUGUGGUUACGGGCCCAGGAUACAUACUUAAAUCAUCUAAGGCAGAGAAUCAAUACUUAGUUUCUCUUAAAGCUAUUUUCUCAAUGUAAGAUGGAAGCCAAAGUUGUUCUUCAGGGCUGCAUGUUAACAACACGUAAACAACUCAGGCCUGGACCUGUGACAAUGGAAAUAGUUAUUUUUGAUCCGGGAUAAAGAGAUGCUUAUCAUGCUCACAUGGUUUGAUAAUCAGGUGUAGUGACAGUCACUGUCCACCUCUCUGGGUCUCUUACAGCCUCAUCCUAGUUAAGCAUUGGCUCAUUAUGGAAGCCAUAUUUGUCUCAUGAUUCUGUGUCUCUGUGUGGAAAAUGUCUCCUGCUGUAUUUGUGCACAUCUGUCUGUCUCCUAAUAACCCUUUUCAGCUCUCCGGGGAGUGUUUUUUUUUUUUGAUUGAUUUGUAGGUUUUAAUCCAUCCUCUUGGGCCUUUUCGGGGGAUCCCUGGAUACUGGAUAGCUCCCCCUCCCCUCUGUUGAGAAUACAUUGGCAGAAGAUUUUUUUUUUUUGUCUUCAGCAUUGGUAACCAACAGCUGAGAAUCCCUAGAAGCCCGAAUAUCCUGCCCAGUUUUUUUUCUUCUGCCACCAAGUGUGCAAAAAUGCCUGCGAGCCCAAGAAGAAGCUGAGGAUUUUCUUUCCACCCACCACCCCCUUGUUCCUCCCCUUUUUGCCCAACCAGUUAUAGCAUUUUUGGAUCUAUAUUUUUCUUUUUCUUCUCUGGCUGUCAAUGUCCCCGUAUUCAUUUUUUCCUUUGGUUAAACCAAUGAUUAAAAAAAUAUAAGUUAAAAAAAAAAAAAGGACUUUCAACUAUCACUAAUGCUUAGCAGUCAUGGCGGAGAUAAAGAUGUCUCAGAGAGUCUCAGAAAAGGGAUGUCGUAGGAAGACAAGUGUCUCUGGGCGACCCAUCCCCCUUUUCCUCUUAUCUCAUGGAUCAAGUGUUCCUUCAGGACUCGAUACCACCGAGAAGCCACCCUACCAGCACUGCGCUCAAGAGGGAGACGACUUCUCAGCCACCUCAGGGAGAGUCCUGUUGGCCCUGAAGAGACCCAGCUGUUGGAUCUGAAGACCAAAACCUCAUCACCUUCGCCACUGAAGACUCGUACCAGCCUUAACAUGAACAACAAUGGAGACGACUGCUACUUCUUUUACUAUUCCAACUGCAGCAAAGGAGACAGCUGCCCCUUUAGACACUGUGAGGCAGCUAUGGGCAACGAGACCGUCUGUAACCUCUGGCAGGAGGGACGCUGCUUCCGUACUGUCUGCAAGUUUCGCCACAUGGAGAUCACAAAAAACCGAAAGGAGAUUUCUUGUUAUUGGGAGAACCAAAUGGCCGGCUGCCAGAAGCCACACUGUGCCUUCUUCCACGAGAAGCCCCGCUACAUCGAUGGCAUGUUAGUCCCAGCAGAUAAAAGUCAAAUCAAGAGUGAGGAGCUGCCGCAGGAGGAACCAGCGCCCGCACCAGCUGCUCCUCUUCCCACUGCGGCUGCAAACCCUCAGCUUAGAGGCGUCAUCAAGACAGAAGCUCAGGAGCCAGUGCCGAGCCCCACUCACCCACCAGUGGUGAUUAAUCCUGCAGACGAUGACGAGGAUGAAGAUGACCAGUUCUCAGAGGAGGGAGAGGACGGCAAAGUCGGCCCUUCUCCUAGAAAACUACAGAAAUCAGGCGACUCGCUGAACUUUGGAGUGAGCACCCUGGAGGAGAUCCGGCUGAGGAAGGCACUGAAGGCCAGCAUGAAGAGAGCCGGUUACCCGAUCCAGACUGCCGACGCCUCGACCAACGGAGAGAAAGAAAACAUCCGCUCGCUUUUCCAUCCAUCCAUCUUUGAGCCGAGACACGACGCGCUUGUCUUUGAAGAAACGGGGAGGCCAAGAGGCAGCGUGGCCGAAAGGCUCGGAAGGAAGAUGUCCAACACGGAUUCGAGGCGUGAAGAAGGCGUCUCACUGAAGAGGAGUCUGGCCGAGCGUCUGGGCAGAGUUGUAGAAGAAGAAGAUUCCUUGAUGCCCCCUAAGAAGGCUUUGAAGCCCGUUAAGGAGCGACUUGGAUUGUCUGCUGGGUCUGUUUCACCCUCUCACCCAGCUGAGACCAACACAGAGCCUAAGAAAGCUCCUGAGCAGAUCCGCAUCAAAACUCUGGAGCAGAUCAAACAGGAGAAGGCGGCAAAGUCUCAGAACCAGAAAGACGACCCUUCUUCAAAUGACGCUCCAGAACCCAGCGUUACAAAAAACACCGCUACCAAACCCACCAGGGGCGGCAGGCGAGCCAUCACCGUCAAAGACGACUGCAUCAGCGAGGUCAAGACGUUCUCUGAGAUCCUCCGAGCCAAGAAGAAGAGGCAGGAGGAGGAGCAGCAGGAGCAGAGCCCCAGCCCCAAGAAGACGAGGAACACUGCUGAGAAAGCUCCAGCAAAGAGCCGGGACGCAGAUGGGCCCGGUCCUGAUGUUACAGACAUGGGGGAGGUUAGAGUUAAGACCCUGGAGGAGAUCCGCAGAGAAAAGGCAGCAAGGAUGCAGACUCAGCAGACGACAGAAACUGAAAACAAGAAGAGCUCUGACUCUGAGGAGAACGGAGCCAAGAAGCCUCGUCUGAUGCGCAUAAAGAAACCUGCUGCUUCUGAAAGCAUUAACGGCGCUGCAGAGACGACUCCUGAAGUGACAGAGAAGCCCCAAAAAUCUCGAGCUGCUGCUCCUGAGGCCAACGGUGUCAGUGUCAAGGUGAAGACCUUCGAGGAGAUCAUGCAGGAGAAACGCCUUCGUAAGCUGGAGAUGGAGGAGCAGGCUAAAAACUCUGCCGAAGCAGAACCCUCACAGAAACCGACCCCCGAGGAACCGCUAAAGAGGAAGAGUCCUGCAAGAGUCAGUUUUAAAUCAACCGGCUCUUCAUCACCUUCUUCCACCUCCCAAGUCCCUGAUACAACCACCUCCACCCAGAAGCUCCCUGUGCGUAAGCUGAUCCCGUUCAAAUCCAAGGCUGCUUCCCCUCCAAACAGCACGACCGGUGCACGAGGAGCCGUCGUUACCUCAGUCCCUGCGACGCAGAGCUCUCCUCCACCAGAGACAGAUUCCCGCUCACAGAGCCCCAGCAGCUCCAGGGAGGUCCCGGACCAAAACACAAGGACCCCAAUCACACUGUCACCAACCAAACAGGCCAGAGCAGCUCCUCGAGGUGCUGCUGCAGAGGAGAAAACACUGAACAGUAACAAGAAGACGACUCCAGAACACACUGCAGACACCAGAGUGAGGCCCAAACUGAACGUGAAGCCGUCUGUGGUGAAGCCUGCAGUGCAGGUGAAACCCGGCCAGAAGAGGAAGGCAGCAGAGCGGUCUGCGGUGGCUGCUGUUAAACCUCUAAACAGCGCCUCCUCAGUGCAGGAGGAGUCACUUCAGGAGAAAGACAAACAGGUGUCCCCGUCCUCCAGUGCAGACGCUCUGCUGAGCUCAGCUGUCCCCAGUUGCCCCAGCAACCUGCUGGACUCGGUCUGCAGCUCCAGCCCGCUGACAGAAGAUCUCCAGACAGUCCCCGUUUUCUCACAGAGCCUGGGCCAAGAAAGCAAGUCGAGUGUUCCUGCUGCCAGAGAGGCCUGCACAGUCCCCCAAAGCCCGGUCCUGAAGACGCCCGCUCAGCCAAAGUCCCGGAGACUGAGCGCAGCUGCAUCCCGCUCUGCCUCCGCCUCUUCUUCUUCUGCUGCCGCCGCCGCCUCCUCUUCUGCGUUUGACGACUUUGACGAGCUGAUCAGCGAGUUCACAGACGACCACAUGGAGGGAGACAUGGACCCUGCCAUCGGAGAGGACGACCUGCUGCAGGAACUGUCAGAGAUGAUUGACAGCUGAGGAGCUCACCCCCCCCAUACACACACACACACACACACUGGACUUGUGACUUUAUUUCUAAAGACUUGAUCCCAAUUCAACUUUACUUAAGUUUUAGGUUUAUAUUUGUUCAUGUUUGUCACCUUCUCUCUGUUUUUCAUGAGAUCAUCUGAUGGACUUUUUAUUCUGUAGGGGAGUUUAUUUUUUCUUCAGAUCGUGUCCGAUCAUGAUCACGCUCAAACGUAUCGGGUUCUGAGGAAGAGAAAAGUGAAAGAAGCUCUGGUGGAGACGGAUGUUGGGAAAAUCAUCCGUAGUUCAAAGAUGUAAAUCGUUGGGGAAUGAUGAAUGUGUUGUCAUAGAGAGAGAGAGAGAGAUAUCUGUAUACUGUGUAUGCAAAGGAAAGAGCGAUCAAAAUGUAGAAAUAAUGAAUACUGCUGCACUCGUGGUAAACCCCCCCCCCCCCCCACCUUCUUGUGUUUUUAUGCGUCUGCCCAGCUGUUUUAUCAGAUUAUGACUUUUAAUUUAAUGAGUUUUAUUCCUACUAUGACCCUGUUAACGAAACCUUUUUCCAAAUUCAUCAGUCGUCUUUUAGUUUGGACGUUCUUAUCGAUCAGUUGUCUGUGGUUUAUAGAUUUCCCACUUGUGUCCGUCAGCUGUUUUUUAUAAUGUUCGACUACCUUGUUGUGUUUUACAUUCUUGGAUUCAGUUGAGCGCACCUUGAAACAAACCAGUCUUGUCUUUUGUUGACGAACACCUCAGGGACAGUUUCUGAUCUUUCUAUGAUUAACAAACACUGUUACGCUGUCUUCACUUCUCCUUUCAUAUUCAGUGUCACUCUGGGUCUGAAAAAAAAAAAGAUCAGCUUGUGUUUUUUGGUGUAAAUAUGUGUGUGCUCUGUCUCCACCCUUUCCCCUUAAAAUCUUACUGUUCAAAGUGAUGUGUACAAACGAUGGUGUAAAUAAAGAAUACUUUUAAUGAC